CGCACACAAAUUCUGCCUGUCUGCCUGUCUGCCAAUCUGCCAGGCGACUCCCCUUGCGCGCGUGUUCCAGACGGCCCUUUCCUUGACGCCAGUUCCUGCCCCGGGUCCAACUUCAAACUCUCUUUCCAGUUUCACGGUUUCACCCAGCACUGUCGGCAUUGCAAGCUUGGAUCGAGCUUCUGGAAUCGCGCCCCCCAUCCCCCCCCCGAGGCCUUAUCGUCGUCCGCAUUAAGCUAACUGGAUCCCCACCCGGUUUUCUAGGCUUUCCGAGCAAUUCGUACCCCUCGAUUCCCUUUUCGUCCCGUCUUUUUACCUUCCGGUCAGCCCUCGGGCUUUAUUCUGUCAUUGUCACGUUGCCUGCCCUUUUCACCCUCCCUUUUUCCUCGCCCGAGUGCGCCGUCUCCCCUUUGUCCACCCCCACCCUUGUUCUCGCGUGAUAGAUAGAUCAUGUCCGACCAGACCACCCACCACUACCAAGAGCCCAUUGAUGGGCUCAAACCGUUGUCGAAUGCGGACGGUUUCUCCUUACCCGCCACCGCAAGCGACUUGUCGCGCCGCGCAGAGCUCUCAUAUGCCGAUGGUCAGCCUCUAGGAGAUGCCGAUAUUGAAGAUGAUGACGACGAUGAGGAGGAAGAGGUUGAGGAGGAAUAUGUCGCCGUGGACCAUGAUGAUAUUAACGAGUAUCCUUACUGGUUCCGUCGCCCACCUGUCCACCACCGCACCAAGUUGGAUGAACUGCACCCCUUCGUGCAGGUUCUCACCGAGUCAAAUGUGGAAGAUUGUGUUACGGUUGAGCAAGCAUUUCCUGAGCACGAACGCUGUUCGCGCGAAAAGUUUCGCUAUCGCCUGAGUAGAUGCCCCGAACUGUGUCUCGGUCUCUUUACGCUUCCAAUUCUGCGCGAAGGCGAGCCUAAGCCUCGCCCGACAUUGGUGGGACAUGUUAUCGCCACGAGAACCUCAAGCCCUGUCGUGACGGAUAAGUCUAUGGAGCUACCGGCGAAGUGGCAGACAGAGCGCAUGACCAUUGAGAACGGAGAAACCGUGGGCCAUGAUGAGUAUGGAAGCACAAUUGCCAUCCACUCUCUUGCUGUGUUGCCGGAACAUCAGGGCAAGCAAGUCGGCAGCACUUUGAUGAAGUCAUAUAUCCAGAGAAUCAAGGAUGCGCAAAUUGCCGACCGCAUUUCCAUCAUUGCGCAUGGCCCCUUGGUGGCCUUCUACGAGUCUUUUGGGUUUGAGAACCGCGGGCCUAGCAAGUGUCAGUUUGGCGGUGGUGGCUGGGUAGACUUGGUCUUUGAGCUUUCCAAAGAGUAAGGGCUUGCGGAUUGUCUCGCGACGAUUCUGCGUCUCUGCGGCGGGUGUGGUGCUGUUGUUUCUUACCCCUUACGUUGUCCUCUGUUCUUUUAUUUUCACUUCUCUUGGUCUCUUUCACACUACCCAUUUUUAUGUGAUGCAUGCUAUGGAUUACACAGGAUUCGGUCUUACUGGUGGGUUCAUGAUAAAAAGCAACGGCGUUCUGUCGGGACGGAUGAUGAUGACGAUGCUAUGAUGGCCGGAUUGAAACACCAUGGACGGAUGGUUUGGUCAGGGCAGGCAUAUUUGUGUAUCAUAGUCCCUCGGUAGUCAGUGUAAAUGAAUAUUGCAUAGACAUG